ACCAGUUGAGGUCAACCUAACCCCGAGAGGCUCCACCUUUAACUUCCGUUUCCAAAACCAAAAGGAGUGGCGCCAAAGCUUGACAACAAAGCGGCUUUUCCCUUUUUGCAACGGGCGAUCCCAAGAAGUUUUAUUUUCUUCACAAAUCUCAUCCUCAACGAGUUGUGCCCCCCCCCUCCCCCGUUUUUUUACACUCCCCUCGACAAAUGCGAAAUUUAUAACGACAAAGUCUCGCGAGUGCUCCCAAUCUUUCCGCCGGUCCAGAUGUCAACAUGGCUCGGAAGAGCGAGCAACUUCUCAUCGUGUUGUCCAUCCUGGAAGGUCGCGACUUCCCCAAGUGCCCUCGGCUCAGCCUGGAGGUUCAGGCGAGCUUCGACGGCGAGCAGCUCACCACCGACCCUGUGGAGCACCUGGACCAGCCGCGCUUCAGUACCGAGCUGGCCUGGGAGCUGGACCGCAAGAUGCUGCACCAGCACAGACUGCAGAGGACCCCCAUCAAGAUCCAGUGCUUCGCUGUGGACUCCAGCAGCGACAGCAGGGACAACGUGGGCUACAUCGUGCUGGACCUCAGAUCCGUUCAGGAAGUCCCGCAGAACCCUCGCUGGCACACGCUGCUGAGCAGCAAGUACACCAAGAAGAAGCCGUCGCUGCUCCUCAGCAUGGUGCUGGAGAACGACGGCAAGGCCACGCUGCCGCCCCCGCCGCCGACCGCUCCCCGAGCGCCCCGAGAAAAGAAGGCUGUAAAAGCGCCUGACUCCGGCCGCCCCCCCGCCCCGCAGCCGCUCCCGGACAAGCUGGAGGCGGUCCUGGUGCCUGAGCGGGGUUACCAUCAGGUGGGACCCGACGACGUCGCCAGCGAUAUGUUUGUGCUGUCCGUCACCGUGGCGUUUGCCGCUAAGUUGGAACAGUUAAUCCCCAGCACGCUCGAGCUGUCGUCAGAGGACGCCGGCUUCUUCUUCUUCUACACGCUGCUGGGCAACGACAUCACCAGCGAGCCCUUCCGGAACGUCCUGGCGCCGGACUUCCAGCCCGAGCGCGCCUCGUUGCGCAUCCGCAGCAGCGCCGGCGCCGUGCGCGCCUUCCUGUCUCAGCAGCCCCCCUUGCAGAUCCACCUGUGCUGCGGCACGCGCUCGCUGGGCAGCGCCGACGUGCCGCUGGCCGCGCUGGCCGGGCUCCGUGUCGGGCCGUCGCCGACGGCCGCCGACUCGCAGUCCAACGUCAGCGUGGCCGUGACGCUGCGCCGCGAGGACGUCGCGCCGCAGCUCCAGAAUUUGCCCCUCCAGGAAGGAUGUAAGACAAACUCGUUCACGGUCGUCGUGCCCUCCGCCAAGGACCAAAUGGCCAGUUCGACUCCGAUCCGAAACCCUCCUGACAUGAUGCCGUCGCAGAACGGGCAAGACGCGGAGCCGCUCGCUCCGAGUCAGGCCCGGGGCGACGGCGCCGCUUCCUCCGCCCUCGUCUGCGCCCCCAAAGCGUCCAUCCCGCCGCGCGCGCAUCGCUUCUGUUUCUCUCUGGAUCUCUGCGGCCUCAGACAGACCGGCCUCACGCGCGCCGUGGCCGCGACCGUCAGGUACUCGUACGAGUUCUUCGGCAGCGCGGCGCCCGUGAUGACCGGCCGCCCGGUGGAGCUGCGCAGGGACGCCGACGUGUCUCUGCCGCACUCGUACUGCGCCUUCGACUUUGCCGCCUUGCCGCAGCAGCUGCAGGACACCUUCCUCAGAGUCCCUCUGGUGUUGGAGCUGUGGCAGCGGGACGCCGACGGCGCCACGGCUCUCCCGAUCGGCCGAGCCUCGCUGCAGCUGUCCCGCCUGCUUGCCGCCGAGAGGAGCCGACACCCGGCCGGCGUGAGGGAGGCGGCCUGGCGCCAAUCUCACCGGGACCGAGUGCCCUUUUUCUCCACCCUCAGUUCCAACGAGAAAGUGGCCGAGUUGAGCUUCGUGGCCACGCUGGACGACUUCGGACUCGUGAACGCCGCCGACCUCCCCGUGUGCGAUUCCGCACCGAAAGAGGAAGCGGGCGCCCUGCCCGCGGAGCCGCCCGCGCCCGAAAUGGAGUGCAGUCGUUUGGAGGAGCAGCUUCAGAAGACUCUGUCAGAUCUGGAGACCAAGGAGAAAAAUCUGGUGGAAGCCGAGCUGAAGACGCAAAGGCUGCAGUGGGACCUGCGCGCCGAACACAAGCUGGGCCAGAAGGAGGCGCAGGAGACCGUCAAGAGGCUGCAGCUGGAGUGCGACCACCGGGUGGCGCUGGAGCGCGACAAAGCGCGCCUGAUGGAGGAGGAGCGAACGCGGCUGCUCAAGCAGAUCACCGACAGCGAGAACCGCUACAAGCAACUGGAGAAAGACUUCCAUCACUUCAGGGAGCAACAGAGCGUCAAGCCCCAAGCGCGCCUCCAAUCCGAGAUCAACAUCCUGACUCUGGAGAAGGUGGAGCUGGAGAGGAAGCUGGAGUCCACCACCAAGUCCAAACUUCAUUACAAGCAGCAAUGGGGACGAGCGCUGAAGGAGCUGGCUCGCUUCAAACAGCGCGAGCAGGAGAACGCCGUGAUGCGUCUGAAGAAGCAGCAGGCCGAGUUGGACGCCGUGCGGCUGCGCUACGUGGCGGCCGAGGAGAAGGAGGCGGUCCGGCAGGAGCGGCGGGAACUGGGAGACAUCAGGAACCGCCUCAACGGGUUGAAGCAGCAGCAGGGCGGCGUCGGUCCCGCUUCCUCGGCCCCGCCCCCCGGCGUGAGCCACAGCGCCGAGGAACACCUGAGCCGCCUUCUGGAGGAACGCGACACGCUGCUCCGGACCGGCGUCUACGGCCACGACGACCGCAUCAUCGCCGAGCUCGACCGGCAGAUCGGCGACGCCAUGGCCGACGCCAGCUGACCAGCAGCCGGCGCGCGGGCAAGGUCGGAGCGCAGCAGGAAAGGUCCCGGCGCGUUCAGGCAAAGUGUUAUGCUAAGCUAGGCUAACCCCGUGUCGCGUGUCAAUUAUGGCGAGAGCUGUUAUUUAUUUCGAAUGAUGUGUUUGGUCGUCACGUGACUAGCUGUGAAUGUGUUUUGAAAGGAGUGAGCGCAGUCGGCCGGCGCCGCAGCCCGACCCGAGACAUUUUCUGAGAAAACAUCACAAAACGCAAAAAGUCACUUUCUCUUCUCGAUUUUUAGAAUGUAAUAAAGGGUACAUAUGAUGCUGAAAUACCA